UUUAUCUUCCAAAAGAGUGUGUGUAAAGAAAGAAUAUAUAUAUAUAGAAAAAAUUAGAAAGGAAAGAGGUAGAAAAGAUGGGAAGACAGCCAUGUUGUGAGAAAGUAGGGUUGAAGAAAGGGCCAUGGACAAGUGAAGAAGACAAGAAGCUAAUAAACUUCAUAGUAACAAAUGGUCAGUCAUGUUGUUGGAGAGCUGUUCCUAAACUUGCAGGUCUCCUCAGAUGUGGUAAAAGUUGUAGACUUAGAUGGACUAAUUACUUAAGGCCUGAUCUUAAAAGAGGCCUUCUCUCUGAUUUUGAAGAGAAAAUGGUCAUCGAUCUCCAUGCUCAACUUGGAAACAGAUGGUCAAAGAUUGCUUCACAUCUUCCGGGUAGAACUGACAACGAGAUUAAGAACCAUUGGAAUACUCACAUCAAGAAGAAGUUAAGGAAAAUGGGCAUUGACCCUCAAACUCAUAAACAUAUAUCCAUCUCAACAGAUUCACACCAAUCCAACCUUCCCAGCUCUCAUCUCGACACGGAGAUGUCACCAAGCUCACCAGUCAACAAUAUCCCUGAAACUAAGGAUCCAGGAGAAGUAAUAACUUCGACCACUGUAAUCGAGCCUAAAACACCACCUCUAAAUUCUUGUGUUUCUUCCACAUCGUCUUCAUCGACUUCGCCUUCCUUGUCUUCAAAUUCAAAUAUAAUCAAGUUUGACGAUCUCGAGUUCCCAGAUUUCGAGUGGAUAUGUAGCAAUGAUACAAAUAAUAACAAUGACAAUGAUAUCGGAUUUUGGGAAGAUGAUGAUUUUAGUAGUUGGGAUUUCUUGGUUGGUGAUCAUGAGGAUGGUGAUCAAGUGCCAAUUUUCCAAGAAUCUUGGCCUUGUGGAUUAAUUUGAUUUGUGCAGUAAAAUUCUUGUCAAAAUGGUUGUGUUGUUGUUUUUUUUUUUUUUUUUCUUCUUUUUUUUUGUAAAAUGUUUGGUUAUAGAGUGAGAAUAAAAUAUGGAAAAAGAAAAAAGAAAAAAAAAAUGAAGUGAUUUUGAGAUGAUGGCCAAUUAAUUUGGAUAUAUUCAAAAUUGUUAUCGUCAAAAGAAAAGGGAUUUCUGAUUAAUAUAUUUCUCUAUG